CUGUGAGAAGAGCUGCAGACAGACAGCCCGGCUGCGUGCGUCUGCAGCUGAACUUGCGCAGCUUGUUUGCGGAUGCAGCCUCAGCGUCCAGCGGCAGCACUACUUGCGGGAGGAGGAAGCGCCCAGCCUGCAAAGCGGCACUGCGGCAUCGCCGUAUCAAUGCGCCCCGCUCUGCCUUCUUCGGGAUCCUGAAGCUCGGAUCCGGGGAGAGGAGGAGGCGGAGGAGGCGCCCUGUGCUGCUUCUUUGCGGGAUUUCUCUGCCAGCCUCAGACCUUUUUGCGCUUUUUCUGUUUCGUUUUCCUGUUGUGUCCAAAGGCUUCAACUUGUCCGGACGGUCCGCCCCCCACUCGCAAGGGAAGGUGAGUUUGCAGAUCUCGGGUGAGAGUGGUGAGAUCUUGCAGAAGAAGGAUGGGGUGUCACCGGCUCACCUCAGCAUGGUGGGACAUGUUCAGCGAGCUGACGUCCGCAUUAACCUGAAAGGCCCUUCCGCUGAUGGAUUUUGCUGCUUUGUGAUAACAUGUUGAAUGGAUCGUUUUACACAGGAUUUGGUGGCCCGCCUUUGGGGAUCUCUGAGUGGAACCUAUUUUGAUUGACUCGUUGCUGCUCUCACCAAGAGCACUUCACAACUGUUGGAUCUAAACAACUGACUACAUUGUCUGGGAUAUUGGAGGGGUUUCUUUGAGAGGCUUUUACACUCAAGUGGAGCUCGAGUGGUGUCACAGUUUGGCUCCUUACAAGAAGUGGGUUUAUUGGGAUAUUCAGUAUGAAGGACACGGAUAUCCCUCCAUCAAGUGGUCUGCGUAAGAAGAGGAAGUCGAGGUCAGAAAGGAACCGGGAGAGGAGAACAAAUGGGAUAAGGAAUAACCACGUUAAAGGCUCAGUGCUUCACCUCUCUUCCGACUCGGAGCGGGAGGGUGAGCACGCACCCUCCUCCUCCCGCCCUCGACCCCCACGAAAAAAGCGAAAAGACUCCACUUCUAUUGAAGAGGACAUCAUUGAUGGUUUCUCCAUUACGGGCUUUAUGACCCUGGAGGCUCUGGAGAAGAGCAUAACAUCACAGCCCCAGGACAGAGGGGACAACCAGGCAGGACCGCCACACAAGACAAAAGCUGCCAGGGUCCCAAAUGGCCUGAGCUUGGAGCACUACAAGAACAGUUUCCUCCGCCACCAGUCGUCAGACCAGGAGAAUAACCCCCGCCUGGCACGCACAGCAGGAAAGAGGAAGAAGAAACACCAGAACAAGAAGAACACAAUGCUGAAGCCUGGGCACGACAACUGCAAGGACAGUGACAGCGAGAGCGUCAGUGAAGAGUUCAAGACUUCUGUUCGAUGCAGCUCCAGAGAGAGACUGACAGAUUGUGACACAGAGACAGACCAGGACGAUAAGGUCUCCGAUGCCAGCUCAGAGAAAUUUUUCAGCACAGCCGCAGUUAAAGUUUCAGAUUUUGGCAUCGAUGUGCUCUCCACCAAUGGCAGCGUCGAGCCUCACGGCCCGGGCCUCCUCAAGGUGUCAGGCCUAGAGAGGAGUCAGGAGAGGAGCCAGGACAGCUGCAAAGACCCCCAACUUCUUUCAUCCGACCCCCCCGACCCACCCCGAUUGGCCUCCAAACUUUCCCCUGUAAAGCACUCCCAGUCCCCGUCCCCACUCCGAGCCCAGACAAACGGUCCUGUCCAGGCUCCAGCCACGCCCAGGUCUCUGUCUCGUGCAGCCUUGCCUCUUCCCCAGGGCAGAGAGCCUCUUAUAACCCCCCCACCUAGGGCCCAACACCAGCCAGAGCCACUGUCCCACGGCAGGCCUCUGCCUGCACCAAACUCACACCCUUCAUCCCCCGCCACGCCAAACCACCACCCUCACCAGCAGCACUCCAACCAGGCAGGGCCUCAUCCGCCCCCAUCGCGGUGCCACCCCCGUUCCCUUUCUGGGUACAACGGCAUCAGUCUCAACGGCCACAGCAGCAGCAGGAGCAGCACCCCAGGCACCAAGCUCCACGGGCCUCCUGCUCCCCCCCAGCACCUCCCCCAUUACCCCCCUGCUCCUCCUGUGGCAGCAGCAGCCUCGACUUACCCCCUGCCUCUGGCGGCUAACCAGAGCGCCCCCCACAGCUUCCCGUCUGCUUUGCAGCCUCCGCCUCAUCCGCAUCACCCGAAUAUGUUUGCUCCUCCAGCAGCUUUACCUCCACCUCCACCGCUGACGUCUGGCUCCCUGCCGGUACCUGGACACCCUGCUGCUGGGAGUGCUUACUCAGAACAAGACCUUCUCCGUCAGGAGCUCAACACACGUUUCCUGGCCUCCCAAAGCGCCGACCGCGGAGCCUCGCUCGGCCCUCCCCCAUACCUGCGCACCGAGUUCCACCAGCAUCAGCACCAGCACCAACACCAGCACCAACACACCCACCAGCACACGCACCAGCACACCUUCACGCCCUUCCCCCACGCCAUCAUGCCCACCCCAGCACCGCCCAUGGUGCGUACCCCUGCCAGAAAUUUUGACAAAUACCCCACAAAAGUUGACCCCUUCUACAGACACAGCCUCUUCCACACCUACCCACCUGCCAUGUCCGGCCUUCCCCCCGUCAUCCCCCCGACGGGGCCUUUCAGCUCUCUGCAGGGCGCCUUCCAGCCAAAGACCUCCAACCCUCUGGAUGUGUCCACCAGACCUGGAGCCGUCCCUCACACCUUCUUACAGAAAGACCCCAGGCUAACGGAUCCGUUUCGACCCAUUCUGAGGAAGCCAGGAAAGUGGUGCGCCAUGCACGUGCACAUCGCCUGGCAGAUCUACCACCAUCAGCAGAAAGUGAAGCAGCAGAUGCAGGCUGACCCUCAUAAGCUCGACUUUGGGCUCAAACCAGAGUUCCUGGGUCGACCUCCGGGCCCCAACCUCUUCGGCGCCAUUCAUCACCCUAGUGACUUGGCGCGGCCUGCCACGCUCUUCUCUGCUGCAGGUCCCACCCACCCGUCAGCAGCUCCUUUCAGCCAUCCGCCCCACCACCCCGGGAACUUCCUCACCCCACCGUCACACUUAGAACCUUUCAGCAGGCCGUCCUCUUUCGGGGGUCUGGGGUCACUCAGUUCUUCAGCCUUUGGGGGACUUGGAAAUCCAGCACUAAAAUCCCUAACAGCGGCCAACUCGGUGUUCGGCCAUAAAGACGGCCCCAACGCACCGCAGCACUUCAACGGCAGCAGUAACAGCAGCCACCAGGAACCGUGGAACCGCCUGCACCGCACUCCGCCUUCCUUUCCAACCCCACCCCCCUGGCUGAAACCUGGAGACUCUGAGAGGAGCGCUUCUGUCAGCUCUCAUGAGAGGGACCGAGACACUGACAAACGGGAGCCGCUGGUCAGUAAAGAAGACAAGGACAGGGAGUCUGUGGAAAAGCGCCAUUCAAGCCAUCCAUCCCCGAUCCCUGUCAACCCUAUCAAUCUACUUGGACACAACCGCCCCCCAGAGCAUCACCGGAACCACCUACCUCCUGUCUCUGGAGACCCUCAGAGGGACAAGGAGAACAAGUCCAAAGACAGGGAGAGGGAACACGCCGACUCCUGGAAAGACGCUGGCACAGACGAUCACAAGCUCAAAGACAGCCAGCACGGCGAGAAGGACACUCCUGUGAUUCACGAUGGUCGAAUGUCUGAGGAAAAAGUGCCCAGCCGGGGAACGACGUCGCCGUACAUCCGGCAGACCAGUCUGGACCGCCCCAGCGGGGGCCUGGGCAGGGAGGUCCUGGAGAAGAAGCUAGAGCUGCCGUAUGAGCCUCAGAAGAAGAACAGCGAGGUGAAGGUGAAGGAGGAGAGGAAGGAGGAGCUGGACGGAGCCGGGGAAAGGCAAAGCGAGCACCCCCCACAGGCGCCCCCUGCUCCGACCCUCCACCCUCCUUCAUCCCUGUCCUUGCCCAUGGGGGUGGCUGGAGUCCAUCCCAUCAACAGCAUCAGCAGUCUGGAGAGAACUCGCGUUGUGGCCCCCUUCAUGGGGAUCAGCCCCAUCCCAGGGGCCGAACGCUUUCCCUACCCCGCCUUUCACUGGGACCCCAUGAGGGACCCCUACAGAGGCCUGGACAUACACAGACGGGACCCUCUGGCCAGGGACCUCCUGCUGAGGAACGACCCUCUGCACCGCCUGGCAGCGCCACGCCUCUAUGAGGCGGAGCGAUCUUACAGGGAGCGGGAGCCUCACGACUUCAACCGCGAGCACCCUCUGGUGCUGGAGAGCAGGAGGGAGCAGGAGCGCGCCCAGCUGGAGGAACGGGAGCGGCUCAACAUGCUCCGAGAGGACUACGAGCACGCUCGUCUGCACCCCCCGAUGCAUCACCCUGCUCUGGAGGGACACCUGUCCCACCCCGCUCAGGCCCUCAUGGCCCCCGGACUGCCAGGCAUGCACUAUUCACGGGUGAGCCCCUCCGCUGCGGCAGUCGCCGCCGCCGCUGCAGCAUCUGCCCAUCAGAACAGUUUACUAAACAAAACCCCGCCCACUGCCUCGUUGAGUGCCCCGCCCCCUCUCAUCCCCUCACUGGGAGCACGACCCGGCUCCCCCAGACGGACUACUCCUCUGGCUACCGACAUCAGAGACAGACCGGUCCACAAAGACAUAGAGGCCCGGUGAGCCACGGGGUCAAGGAACCCCCCCUAAGCACUUAGCUUUGGAAGAAGCGACUGUAAGAUAGCUGUGAAUAAUUUAUGUGGGCAGCGGAGACCCUCACGAGGACACGUUUUUGUAUGGAGCCACAGAGACAACCGUGCGUUCUUUUCCAGUUCAGCUAUUUUCUGUGCGUUCUUCCUCCUGUAUAACAAAGUGACGUGACGUAAGACGACAUGAGUGUGGAAUGUACAGCUUCCCCAGCACUGACAGACGCUGUAGAUACUGUGUACAGUUGCUGUGCUCAUUCUGUAUGGAAUAAAAAUCAUGAUCCAAAUAUGCAAAGAGUGUUUUGAAAGCUUUACUUUGAAUACAUGUAAAUAUAGGAGUUUAAAGGCUGUGGUUCAGAAUGUGCUUUUUGCUAGUUGUCAUCAGUUUUUUUAAGUUAGCACAGGUGAUUAGCAUGUACCAGAGACCCAUAUUCAACUAUGCAACUAACGUGGGAGCUCCCUUCAUAAAGCUGGCGUUCUGUCCACCAACAGCUUUAGUUAACAGGGUUUCUCCAAAAUAACCAUCUUACGGUAAGAAGAUGUAGAGACAAUCUAGAUAAAGGAAUGUCAAGUAAUUGAAUUGGAUUUGGUGGAAAACACCAGCAGUGCAAAUGUGUUUCCCACCAGCCUGUGUUGUGUUCUGGGAGAAGGCCGCCCAUCAAACAAACCCCUGACACCCCGGGUCUUUGAAAGAGUCAGACGAGCUCUGCUGGACAAAAAGUGCUUUCCUGAUAACUGCAAACAUAAAAAAAUCAGAUUUCAACAAGGGAGCAGUUUGUUUUUACUGCAGAGAUCUAUUUUAGUAGUUACAAUGAAGGGUUAGUUGUGCGCUUCAAACUCUGUGAUUUCCUGUUGUGCGGUGUUUUCUUUUUUCUUUAAAACAAAAAAAAAACAAGUCCACCGGAGCCAUAGUGAUUAGUUGAUCCGUAUUGCAAACAGAAUGUUAAAUGAGCAACGUUUCUGCUGUUUACCGUGUACAGAAAGUAAAUCAAAUCUUUCUAGAUUAUCUACAAAGACGAGAAAAAAAGAAGCAACUGAAUCUUCAGCAUGCUCCUCACUUAAACUUGUGUUCUGUAAAUUGUGCCAUGUAAUUAAAAAUAUUGUGUACUUA